CCUCGAUGGACAAUCAAUCCGGACAUGGCAGUCAUCCUGGAAACUGUGAAGAGUACCCUCGGCGUUCAAAGCCCUUGCCGCAUCGAGUUCCUGGCAGAUGGUACCUUCAAUAAGCUUUACGUCGUCGAGUCUGCGGGUCAGGAGGUCGUGGUACGGGUUACACUCCCUAUCGAACCAAGGUUGAAAACCCUGAGUGAGAUUGCCACGUUGGCUUGGGUCCGCCAGAAAACCAGUCUACCUGUCCCGGGUAUCUUGGCUUACAUAGCCGAUCGCGCCAAUCCAAUAGGGUUCGAAUGGAUCAUCAUGAACAAGAUACCGGGGGAGCCUCUGGCUGAUGUAUGGAAAGAAAUCCCCUACUCAGCCAAGGAACAUCUUGUUCGCCGCCUUGCUUUGUUCUUCUCCGAAACCUUCGAACAUCAAAUGCGAGGCAUCGGCAAUAUCUUCCCGAACCUGCCCUCAAGCCAGACUUCAACUUCCUUCACUGUUCAGAGAUUGGUAUCCUAUUCUUUCAUCGGCGAGCAUCCUCACUCAAAACUUUCCCGCGGUCCUUUCGCGUCCAGCAAAGAAUGGAUGUCAGCUCGACUGGACUUUGUAGAGCUCGAUUGCACUGAGGAGUACACAAACGAAAAUGAAGAAGAUGAUGACGUGGAGUUUCUUGAGACAGCUAUGGUUCUUAUUACAAGGCUUCGAAACCAUCUGAAAGAUGCAUUCCCUUCCACCGGACUCGGAACCGAGUCCACAGUCAUCUUUCAUGAUAACAUGGAUAGCCGCAACAUUUUGGUUGAUAAAGGAGGGAAUCUCACAGCUGUGGUUGACUGGGAAUGCGUUUCAACUCUACGAUUAUGGACGGCCUGCCAGUAUCCGCCCUUCCUACAAAGCAAACCACGGGAUGUCGAGCCAAAUCAGAGCAUUUAUCAGCACGAAGAGAACGGAGAAGUGACUGCGCUCUUCUGGGAACAUCUGGAUCACUAUGAACUUACUCAGUUGCGUCGGGUAUUCCUCGCGGAAAUGGAAAGGCUACAGCCUGAGUGGGUGGCCAUUCACAAGUCUACCCAUCAUCAGAGAGAUUUUGAGCUCGCUGUUACACUAUGCGACGAUGAACUCUUUAUGAAUAGAGUUCGGAAAUGGUUGGAUGACCUGGACUCGGGCGCUGAAGGGGUCGUUGGGCUUAGAGAACGCCUAGAUACUGCGUGUGAUCUUUGAGAGAACUGUUAUCUUGAUUGCGGUUCGAGACAAUGGGAUUGUAGUUGUGCCUCGAACGUUUUACUAG